GAGUCAUGUGACGUGACCGUGGGGCAGAGUAACGUUACUGUAUAUGAUAUGUAUGACGUGAGUUUACAGUCGGAUUCACCGCAGAAACGACAAAGCCACCAAGUUUGCGGCUCGACGGACGGCGGCAUGUCUUCUUCUCCGCCACAGCCAAGUUAGCGAAGCCGCGGAACGUGGUGUCAACAUCGGAACAGAAAGUGUGCGACACCGCCGACUGCUCUUCAUGUCGUGACAGCCACUUUUAGCAGUGCUGUAGCUAAUGUGACAUAAUAGUGUAAUGCGGUGUUAUGAUGUGACAGUGUUAUUAUUAGUAUAAUUAUUAUUAUUAUUAUUAUUAUUAUCGUGACAUGAAGCUCUGCUCCGUCCUUCCCUGAUGCUGUAUCAGUGCCGCGGCGCCGCAGCUCGAAGUCAGUUGUCGGUUCGGAGGGAACGUCCCGCUUUACCUCGAUGCUCGUCGGGUCGUCAGCUGGACGAGGACCGCGCAUCGGGCAGCAGCAUGGUUAGUAAAGAGGAGCUGGAGGAGAAGUUGGAGAAGCUGCUGGUGAGGCUGAGGACGCCGCAGGAGGACCGACAGCUGAGCACACUCAUUCAGAUCAUCAAGGACCUGCUGUUCCUGGCGCACACAGAGCAUGCAGCUGAACUGUUUGAAGACAAAGAUGUCCAUGGCCCUCUUCUGGCAGUGCUGUCAUCCUACAUGAACACCAGAAGAGUCCAGCAGGAUGGCUGGUCGCUGCUGUGUCAGCUGUUAGAAAUAUGCCCUGGUGUGUUGGCGCAGGUGACAGGACCUCUACAGGCAGCCAACGAGUGGGAGGUCGUGGGAGUUCACCAGCAGAUCCUGAAGCUGCUGUCCUUGUACAGCACAGACUGCAGAGUGGCGGUGGUGGGAUUACGGGCUCUCGCACUGCUGCUGCGAUCAGACAUGAUGACUCUGCUGGUGCUGGAGGAAGAGGAGGAGGAUGUGUUUGUCCUGGUGGUGCAGGCCAUGAAGACGUUUCCCACCAGUGAAGAAGUGCAGCUACAAGGAUGUGGAGCGCUGCAGUUCCUCCUGCAUAGAGUGAGUGAUGACCACCUUGUGGAGUUUGUAGAGAACCAGGACCACAUAGUGGUCUUAGCAGCACUUCAGGGGUUUUCUGACAGCUCUGAGCUGCUCCUGCAAGCCAUCAAAGUGCUGCUCCCACUGACUCGUGCAGGCAGUAACGUGGAGAUGCUGAUGUCGGGAGGCAUUCGGUGCUACAGCCUGAUCAUUGCUGCUAUGGACGCUUUCCCUGAGGUGGAGGAGCUGCAGGAGACGGCCUGCUGCCUCUUCAAGAAGUUUACAUCAGAUUGUUACUACAGCAUCCUGGUGCUGAACGGUGUGCAGAGGGUUGCAGUGAGAGCCUGUCAGACGUUCCCCAACAACGCCAAGCUGCAAGCUGCCGCUCUUUCCUGCCUGGCUGACCUAACUGCGACCAUCGUGCAGAACAAAGCAGUGGCUGAGCAGGGUUUGGAGGAAGGUGAGGAGGAGGAGAACAGGGGUAAAGAGGAGGUGGAGGACAUGGGCCUGUGCUGGAUGGAGGCCUGCUGUAUGGCACUGGAGCUGCACACUGAAGAGCCAGCCGUUCAGGAAGCUGCAAGCUGGGCCAUUCACAAUCUGCUGCUGCAUGGAGCUGGAGUGAGCUGCUCCGAAGAGGAGCAGGAAGACAGGACUCCUGUUCACAGGCAGUUAAUGGCUGCCAUGCUGGUCCACUCCUCCUCUCCCAGUGUCUUCAAAGCUGCUACCAGUGCUAUUGCCACGCUCAUUACUCACAACAGUAAAAUGCGUUCUCUGCUGCUGUCCAGUGGCCUCCACGUGAACCUGGUUGAGAUGAUGAAGAGACACACAACCUCAGCAGAUGUUUCCAUCAGUGCCUGCAAACUGCUCCGUCUGCUCUUCCAGGGAAGGACAGCCAGUCUGGACGAGUUAAACAUGGCCAUGGGUCAGAUCCUCUGCACGAUGAAGGUCCACAACUUCCACCUGGACGUGCAGCUGGAGGCUCUGCAGGCCAGCCUGGUCUUCCUCUGGCCAGACCGGAGUUUAAGGGAGCACGGCGUCUCGGUCGCAGAUCCCGACAUGGCCGACGUGUCACUGAAGGUUCUGAAAAACCAGUGUGUGGUGGAAGGCGCUCACACACUCUACCUUGAGGUUCUGAAUAGGUUCAUUAGCAGCUCCACCAUACAGAGAUGUGGCUUGAAGGUCUUAUCCGCCUUGGCUGACUGCUCCGGUGCAGUGGACUUGCUGUGCCAGCAGGGGGCCAUGGACACCGUGCUGCAUACACUACAGAUGUUCCCACUGGAACGAGAGAUACACUACUGGGGUUUGACCCUGCUCACUUACCUCGUAUCCAAGAAGAAGCUGUCCAGGAUGAUCGUGCCUGUUCUGGCCUCUGUUGUCGUCGCCUCACUCAUCCAGUACAGAGAAGAUACAGAGAUGCUCCUGAAGUGCUUCCAGGUGGCUCUGAGGAUGAUGGAUGCUUGUUCAGGAGCGGCUGCUGAGCUGCAGAGGGAAGACUUUGAUGCACAUAUCUUCCAGCAGCUCAGAGAGGACACUUCGGACCAAAGCAACAGCUCACUGCGGAAGUCGGUGUGCCUGGCUCUGUCCAAGAUGUGGUGCGACCCGGAGCUACACUACAGAAUGUUAGAGAAGGCCUGCAAGGACGGAGACACAAGCAUGGCCGAGUGUCUCAUUGAGCUGGGAGCCGACGUCAACAGGAAGACCAAAACGGAGCCGCUCAUCUACCAGGUAUGUGAGAGAGGCGGACCUGUCGAGCUGGUGGAGCUCCUGAUCAACCGCGGUGCACACAAGCAGCACCUACGCAGGGCUCUGGCCGUAAGUGUGAAGAGGGAUGACGUGCCCUCGGUCAUUCAGCUGCUGGGCUGCCUGGGUCUGGACCUCAACAACAGCACCCUCUGCUUGGGGGGCUUUAAGCUGGGUUGCCUGGAUGCUGCCUGGCUCGGUCCCCUGCUGGCUGAAAGAGGAAGAAGACACAGUUUUCGUUUCAACAACGGUAAAGGCAUGAGUUUGGCCAGGUACAUUCAGUCCCUCCAGCGGUCAAAGAGUUUCAGUGGCCCUCUCAGGUCGGUGGCCGACCCCUGUCUGACCUCGGGCUACAUUUCCGAUGAGAGCGAUGACUCCUGUUUCAGCUUCGUCUCGACAGACGACUGCUUGUUUUUCAACGACGACCUGGAAAGCGAUGGCAGUGAUUCACUGUCAGGGGCCUUGUCUCGAAAAUCACAUAAUAACUCAAUGGAGGAGCUGAAGGGGGGGUCCUUCAGUAGGAAGCCGAGGCGUCGCAGACAUGCCAGUGCAGAGAGUGGUCACACUGAGAAUGAACACAGUGAGCCUCUCCACAGACGAUUUGGGAGGAAUGGCUCCACCCACAAAUUACUGGGAUCUAGUGAAAACUUUGCCUCUUUAACCAAAGAGAGGGAGAGGAUCCGCCUGCUGGACUUGUCGGGGAAUGAGUUGGACACUCUGUCUUGUCUGAUGGACAAUGGCUUAGUGCAGGAGCAGCUCGGGCACCUCCUCCGACUUGACUUGAGCCACAACAGUCUGCUGGAGUUUCCUCCAGCUCUUUGCCAGAGUUUGAACAGUUUGACUCGACUGGACCUGCAGGGCAACCAGCUCCAGACGCUGCCGAUGGAGUUGCUGACCUUGCCCUCUCUGGGGAUGUUGAACAUCUCUCGGAACUGUGUGGGACCCCUUCUGACCGUCGACCCCACUGUCACCUGCCGGUCACUACGACAGCUCAACUUGUCCUUCAACAAAAUCACCAUGUUUCCUUACGAGCUGGGCCACGCCUUGAGUCAGCUAGAGGAGCUGUUGAUUGAAGGGAACAGUAUUAGCGAGUUGUGCACACCGCUCCAGCUGCCAGAAAUCAAGCUGCUCGACGUGAGCAGGAACAACGUGGAUAAUAUUUCUCCUGACUUCCUGAUGGGCUGCCCCAAACUGGAAACCUUCAAUGGCUUCAUGAACAAAAUUUGUUACCUGUCACAUCUGCCGUCCAAGAUCAUGACGCUGAAGCUAGCCAGCAACAACUUCACCUAUGUCUCUGAGGCAAUACUUGAUCUUCCAAUCUUGAGGUCAGUGGACAUGAGGACCAACCAGAUAGCUGUCCUUCCCGGUCCAGGAUUGUGGGCGUCCAGCAACCUCAAAGAGCUGAUGUUCAGUCAGAACUGCAUCACAGCUCUGGAUCUCAGCGGACCGAUCCACAAAUGGACGCGACUGGAGAAACUCCACCUGAGUGACAACAAGCUCAGCGAGAUUCCUCCUGAUAUUGGCCUGCUGGAAGGCCUUACCUCCCUAGAUGUGAGCCGUAAUGCUAACCUGCGUUCCUUCCCCAACGAGAUGGGAAAACUAAGCAGACUGUGGGACCUGCCGCUGGAAGGCCUUGGACUCCAGCUGGAUCUCAAACUCAUUGGCAGCAAGACCAAAGACAUUAUCAGGUUCCUGCAGCAGCGCCUGAAGAAGGCUGUGCCAUACUCUCGAAUGAAGCUCAUUGUGGUGGGGAAUGCUGGCAGCGGAAAGACCACCCUGAUUCAGCAGCUGAUGAAACAGAAGCGCUCCCAGGCGAACUCCAAGAGGACCACCGUUGGUAUUGACGUCAGGGACUGGGCCAUCAGGGAACGGGAAAAGGAGAGAAUGGUGCUGAACGUCUGGGACUUCCCAGGUGGAGAAGAGUUCAGUGGCUCUCACCCUCACUUCAUGACUUCUCGAGCUCUUUAUCUAAUGGUUUACGACCUCAGCAAAGGAGCCAGUGGAGUGGACGCCCUCAAACCCUGGCUCUUCAAUAUUAAAGCAGUAGCUCCACUCUCCCCGGUUAUCUUGGUGGGGACUCACAAAGACAUGAGUGACGAGCUGCAGCUUCAGGACUGCCUGAGCAAGAUCAGAAAGGAGCUGCUGAACCACCAGGGUUUCCCUGCCAUCGCUGACUAUCACAUGGUCUCCAUCUGCGAGGACUUGGACGCCAUGACCCGACUGCGGAAGGCUAUUAUCAGAGAGGCCACCAGCUACAAGAUUCAGGGUCAGCAUGUAAUGGGCCAGCUGGUUCCAGACAGCUACGUGGAACUGGAGCGCCAGAUCCUCCUGGAGAGGACCAGGGUUCCGCCCAAGUUCCCCAUCAUCAAGCACCAGGAGCUGCUGCAGCUCAUCCACGAGAGUCAGCUGCAGCUGGAGGAAGCUGAGCUGCCACAUGCAGUGCACUUCCUCAGUGAAGCCGGGGUUUUACUGCAUUUUGACGAUCCUGCACUUCAGCUUCAGGAGCUCUAUUUUAUUGACCCACAAUGGCUGUGCAACAUCAUCUCCCAGAAGCUGACAUUUAAGAGCUGUGGCGUUUGGGAGCAUCCUAAAGGGGUCGCUCAGCGCUCAGAAGUGGAAAGGUUUUUAUUCGAGACCAAGUGUUUCCCAAAGAGCCAACAGAUGCAGUUCUUCAAGCUGCUGGAAAAGUUCCAGAUAGCGCUGCCGUUUGGCGAGGACCAGCUGCUGGUACCCAGCAAUUUGUCUAAACACCGACCGGUAAUAGAGCUGCCUCACAGUGAGAACUCAGAGGUCAUUGUGCGCCUUUACGAGAUGCCGUACUUCCCCAUGGAUUUCUGGUCUCGGCUAAUCAGCCGCCUACUGGAGGUUUCUCCAUACUUGCUGUGUGGAAAAGAGAAAGCAAUGCGACCUAACCGGAUCUACUGGAGGAGAGGCAUUUACUUGAGCUGGUCUCCCGAGGCGUACUGUCUGGUGGAAGCUGCCUCUGAGAAGGGAAACCCCUCCAGCUUUGUCAGAAUAACCGUGCCCUCUUCACGCAAAGGUCGGGUGUUGCUGGGUCAGGUUGUGGACCACAUUGACUCUCUGCUGGAGGAAUGGUCUCCCGACCUGCUCAAUAUGGACAUGCAUGGCAGUGGUGAGGCUCUGCUCAAGAAGUGGGCUCUGUACAGCUUUGAGGAUGGCCAGGAGUGGAGCAAGAUCCUGCUGGAGAACCUCUUCACCUGUUUUGAUAACGAUUUCCUGCUGGUGGAUUCAGAGGAUCCGCGUUGCACGCUGCCCAUCUCACAGAUCGCCCCUGACCUGGUGCUCAGUGAUCAACCGGCAAGAACAAUACUGGACAGUGAAGAGCUCGACGUGGACCUGUCAAAGGAAAACCAACUGGGGAACGGCGGCUUUGGAACCGUCUAUCGAGGUGUCUACAAAAAUGAAGAGGUGGCUGUGAAGCUAUUCAACAAGCACGCAUCUGAACUUUACAUCUACAGACUCCUCAGACAGGAGUUGGUGGUGUUGGGUCGCCUAUGUCACCCCAGCUUGGUGUCUUUGCUGGCAGCCGGCUCAGCUCCUCAGGUCUUGGUGAUGGAGCUGGCUCUACACGGUUCGCUGGACUCUCUGUUUGAACAUAACAAUGGCAGCCUCACGCGAAAACUCCAGCAUAGGAUCGCACUGCAUGUGGCUGACGGACUUAGGUACCUUCACGCCUCCAUGAUCAUCUACCGGGAUCUGAAGCCCCACAACGUGCUUCUGUUCAACCUGAAGACCGAUUCCGACGUAAUUGCCAAGAUCACAGACUACGGCAUUGCUCAGUACUGCUGCAGCAUGGGAGUGAGAAGCUCAGAGGGAACACCAGGAUUCCGAGCACCAGAGGUUGCCCGAGGCAAUGUGAUCUACAACCAUCAGGCUGAUGUGUUCUCAUACGGCCUCCUGCUGUACGACCUCCUGACCUGUGGCCAGCGCAUCUCUGACGGCAUGAAAUUCCCCAGUGAGUUUGACGAAAUCGCAGUGCAAGGAAAACUGCCAGAUCCAGUGAAACACUACGGUUGCUCACCUUGGCUGGGAUUCCAGACACUGAUGAAGGACUGCAUGAGAGGAAAUCCACAGGAUCGACCCACAUCUGCUCAGGUGUUUGACAGGCUGAAUUCAGGCGAAAUGCUGUGUCUGAUGAAGGAGUUGGUGCUUCCCCCUGCAUUCAGUGCAGAGUGCCUCGCCGUGACCUCGUCCAGCGGCCAAAGAAUCUGGCUGGGAGGAGGCAGCAGCAGCCAGAGAGUGGGUUCCAUCACAGUUAUGGACCUCAACACCAACACAGUCACUACACAGGAGAUCGACUCCAGUCCUGUCCUGUGUCUCGCGAUGGUGCAAAUCCCAAACGAGGCCUGUGAUUGGCUGGUGGCGGGUACACAGUCCGGCUCCUUGGUGGUCAUCAGCGCUGAGGACGCUUUGACGUGGCACUACCUGCAGAGUGUCACAGAUGCGGUCACCUCGCUGUACUUUCACGUGUACCCCUGUCGGAGCCAAAGAAAGAGCUACUUAUUGGUUGGAACAGCCAAUGGAGUUCUCACUAUAUAUGAAGACUCUGUUCUCAAGCAGGAGAACGGGCCGCCGGUUAAAACGGUCUUGAUUGGAAACGUCAACACGCCUGUCAUGUGUCUGGGGCAGUCGGUGCAUUCCCUUGACAGCAGGUCCGUGUGGGCCGCCUGCGGGACCAAGAUCCUCUCGUUUGCAGCCGACUACGAUGUCAGCAAGACCAUCGACACAAGACCCAACUUCUUCCUCCAGCAGCAGCAGUCACUGGGUGCCGAGGCGUGUGUGUCUCGGAUGGCUGUGGACAAGUACGUGUACCUGAGCAAAGCCGGGACGACGACAGUGGAGGUUUGGGACAAGAGGAGCGAGAGGAUGGUGGAGUGCAUCAACUGUGCUCAGAUAGUCAGACAUGACCCUGGCUGCAGAGGCAGAACGGGCAGCGAGGCAGACCAGGCGGCAGAGGCAGCUCCCUCCUGGGCCUCGGUGAAGACCCUGCUGGUGCAGAGCGCUGCGACUCUGUGGAUCGGCACUAGAGGGGGCUACCUGCUGCUGCUGGAGCUCUCCAAACACCAGACGCUGCUGGUCGUCAGCCCCAGCUGCAACUCCAUCCGCUGCAUCACCUCUGCAUUCAUUGAAAAUCUCAACUGGAAGAAUGUGGUGCUGGUUCUGGGCCGAAGACACCCACAUGACAAGGGUCCGUUGGACGAGGAGUCGGUGCUGAUGGUCUGGAACAGCACGCUGCCAAAGGAGGUCAGAGAGCUGAAGAGACACUGUGAGAGGAGAGAGCAGGCCGCGGCCAAAAUGAGAGAGCAGCUCCAUCACAACUGAGCCCACAG